GUCCAAACAAAUGGACAAAACUACGAUCGUAACUGAUUUAGUAGCUCUACUGAUCCAAUUACCAGUCCGAUUUGGUUCUUAUUAUAAGGUAAUCAGUAAUCACUCAUGUUAUUGAAAAAUUAGUAAAAAUUAUGAAACAAAUUAAUAAAUCAAGUAAUGAAACGUGUAAGUGAAUUAAAAUUGAAGUAUUGAUUUUAGUACAAUUUUUAGCCAUUUCAGAAAGAAAUCCAGUUCGGCAAAAGCUUCGUCCAAGUCGCAGGAGGUGGAGGUGGAGGCGGACGAUAUAGGCAGGCAUGGUCAUAUAAGCUCGGCUAGGUCUCGUCUGAUUGCAAAUCGCGCCGUCGUCAGGUUCGAGAGAUAGGGCGUUUGUCUCUGGUCUCAUCUUUCCAACUUCCGCUUUUACGAUCAUCUAGUCACCCAACUCGAUGACCGUGAACUUAAACUUGAACUUGCUGGACAAAAUUGCGUUGCAAAAGAAAGAGCCAGAUAAAGUACCAGAAAUGGCAGUUUGCUGGAUUGAAGCCUCUGAUUCUGUCUCCCGUCGUUUCCAGUUCGAACCCGACGGUUACCUCUCUGUGAAGGUGGUGGAUGAUGCAAGGCCUGUAUUCAAAAGGGUGGUUGAGUCGUUCGUGAACAAAUUUUUUCCUUCAGGAUAUCCAUACAGUGUAAAUGAGGGUUAUCUCAGAUAUACACAAUUCCGGGCUCUCCAGCAUGUUUCCAGUGCAGCAUUAUCUGUUCUAUCAACUCAGUCCCUACUGUUUGCUGCAGGGUUGCGACCUACACCAGCUCAGGCAACUGCCGUGAGUUGGAUAUUAAAGGAUGGGAUGCAGCAUGUAGGAAAGCUGAUAUGUAGCAAUUUGGGUGCUAGAAUGGACUCUGAGCCAAAACGUUGGAGAAUACUGGCGGAUCUGCUAUAUGAUUUGGGCAGCGGAUUGGAAGUUCUUUCUCCGUUGUGCCCCAGUCUCUUUCUUGAGGUCGCUGGUCUUGGCAAUUUUGCUAAGGGAAUGGCGGUAGUUGCAGCAAGGGCAACAAGAUUACCAAUAUAUUCAUCAUUUGCUAAAGAAGGUAAUCUGAGUGACCUAUUUGCUAAGGGAGAGGCCAUCUCAACACUUUUCAAUGUUUUGGGAUUGGGAGUAGGGAUCCAAUUAGCAUCUACAGUUUGUUCCACAAUGCAGGGGAAGUUGGUGGUUGGUCCCCUUCUGUCUGUCGUUCAUGUAUAUAGCGUAGUUGAAGAAAUGAAGGCUGCCCCAGUAAAUACGUUGAAUCCUCAGAGGACUGCACUGGUUGUGGCUAAAUUUAUCAAGGAAGGGAAAGUAUCGAGCCCUGCUGAUAUAAGAUACCAUGAAGACCUUAUGUUCCCUGGGAGACUCAUAAAAGAUGCGGGAAGUGUAAAAGUGGGACAGGCUCUGCACAGAGUUAUCAAGCCUUCUAAGCUUAGUGAGUACAAAGUGAUGUUCCCGAGUGAGAAAUUUGUGAUCAGCCGGGGAAAUAACUGCACCAACAUGGUACUGGAGCACGAUGCAACAGGCGAAGAUGCACUGAGGGGUUGGAUGGUUGCUGCAUAUGCUGCUGCUGCUGCUCCCAGCUUGGAGAGCUCACGUGAUGGAUUCAGUUCGUCUGCAUUGCUAGAUGCCUAUGAGAAGGUGGAUAGUGUAUUCGAGACGUUCAUGUCUGAAUUGCAGGCGAAAGGCUGGCAUACUGAUCGUUUUCUGGACGGCACUGGAACCCGUUUUGCACUUUAGAAGGUUCUUUCCCGCUAGUCUCUCAGUAGCAGCGCUGCGCACCCCUCCAUUAUGGAGAAGGAAAAACUGGAAAGAUUAUUUUCUUAAUCUAAUAACUAGAGCAUAGGUUUGACUUGUGGUAAUUAAAUUGUAAGUUGUGA